UUGUACUUCAUGGGGGAAAACAGACAAGCACCCUCCAGAUAAUUACUCUUCAGGAAAGGAAACGAUUUUUUUUCCCCCCCAACACCCUGCAAAUUCUUGAAUUGUUAAGGGAAUUUGGAUGUCACUAUAGUUCUGGCGAGGCAGACUGUUUAUAGCAAGAGAGAGGGGUCAAUCCAGAAAACAAUGUCAAGGGACACAGGAGAACCUGAUCUUUUGGACUGAUGUGAGUGCAAGGAAAGCACUCUAAGUGUGUCGGGAGCAGGUUACAAGAUCUUGGCUGCUUUUCGAUUUUGUUUGUACCACACACGGGACUCCAUUUCUCCAUAGUGGCACAGUGUUUGUGCGAGUUAAAAGAGUUAAGGAGCGGUUAAGGAAAGGUGUGUGUGUGGGUGUCAACAUGACUGGCGUGACGGUGUGUUUUGGAACGGUGAACUCCAUCAAAGCUCUGUGGGAGACCCGGAUAAAGAAGAGCAAAGCGGAACUGAAGAGAGAGAAAGAACAGAGGGACAGAGCAGCCGUGCUGAGCUUGACAGGGGCUUGGGAGGAUAGGAUCACCUUGGCCAAGUUAAAGGAAAAACUGGUGACAGAGGAUGGGAGGGUCAUCCUACGCAUUGAAAAUGAAGAGUGGAAGACUCUUCCUGCAGUGUUGGUCCAGAUCUCUCAGCUUCAGGAGUGGCAGCUGCACCGGACGGGGCUACAGAAGGUCCCACGGUUCAUCUCCAGCUUCCAAAGCCUUAUCGUGCUGGACCUGUCCCGCAAUGCCAUCACAGAAAUUCCUAAAGAAAUUGGAAAACUAUCUCGGUUACGAGAGCUGCUUGUGAGUUAUAACAGGCUGAGCUGUGUUCCUGAAGAGCUGGGUGACUGUGACAGCUUGGAAAAAUUGGAACUGGCAAUGAACCGGGACCUGAACAACCUUCCUGAGCAGCUCAGCAGUCUUAAGAAACUGUACCACUUGGACCUCUCCAUGAACCAGUUCACCACCAUCCCUGAAUGUGUGGUGAGGCUUCCUGCCCUGGAGUGGCUGGACAUGGGUGGGAACAGGCUAGAGCGAUUGCCUGAUGACAUCCACAGAAUGGAAAAGUUGCAUACUCUUUGGCUCCAGAGAAAUGAGCUGGAGUACCUGCCAGACAACAUCAGUCGCAUGCAGAACCUGGACACUCUGGUGCUCAGCAGGAACAGGCUCAGAGACAUCCCUCCACUGAUGGAGGGCAUGGCUAAUCUCAGGUUUGUAAAUUUCAGGGAUAACCCGCUGACCCAUGACGUGACCUUACCUGACGUGGAAGAGGACGUGGCCGAGGAAGAGAACGACAGGGAAAUGUUCGGUCGAGAGUUCAUGCACCACUAUAUCCAUGAGGCCCGCAAAAGAGGGCCCCAGGCCUAUACUUCCGUGCUUAAUGUGCCACUGGAGGCCGUGUCAGAGAUGGCAACGUCGUUGUGAUUCAGUGCCGUCUGCUCUGCUGUGUUCCAUCCAGUCGCCUGGCCUCGUCCACCUGUCUUGCACGUCCUUUAAUGACAACUCUAUUUUGCCUCUCUAGUCACUAGAGGGGCCUGUUCUGCCAUUUGUGCUGUUGGUUAGCUGCUUACUGCAGCAGCUACUGAGAGUGUAUCUAAAGUUCAUAUCAAAGGAACUGAAUAAGGUGAAAGCAGGGGGGAAAAAAGGAACUGAAUACAAACUGUCAUUUAAUAAAUGUUCUUAUCUGUA